AUGGCCCCAUCUCAAAGCUCCGAGCUUUACCCAUGGACGCACUUGGCGGAGCCAUACAAGAAAUCCCUUCUGGCCAUCGAUGCAGGGCAGGACGACUACGAAGCAUGCGCGAGGUGGGAGGUGGACGGCGUUGAGCUGGGAACAGGUCCUUCUGUCGAGACGGUUUUCCGGUCACCAGGGAUCUUCCCGUGCACCGUCACCGUGUCCUACCCCCAGCGCCCCCUGUCUGGAGGGCACGAGGACGACUCCCCCGAAACCUCUGGGUCGCUCGCCACCGUGACCCACAAGUUCGAGGUGACGGUGAAGUACGUCCGGCGGGAGAUUCGUGACCUGACGGACCGGGACCGGGAGACAUUCUUCAAUGCGGUGUCGGUGCUGCAGCGUGUGCCCAGCGCCGUCGGGCGCGAGAUCUACGGGGACAAGUACUACAGCAAGGACUACUUCAACCGGCUGCAUCUUUUCUACGGCGGGCACAAGGACUGCGACCACUGGCACGACGGGGCUGGUUUUGUCACGUCCCACAUCGCCCUCUCUCUCAUGUACGAGCAGGCCUUGCAGUCCGUCAGCCCGUCGAUCGCGCUCCCCUACUGGGACUUCACCAUCGAGGGCAUGCUAUACGACUGGAGAGACUUCCGAACGAGCAGCGUCUUCUCGGACGAUUGGUUUGGCAAGGCGUCUCCUCGCAACGUGCUGAUGACGCCUAGCAGGGGGCGUUUCGGUUUUGUUCCCGUCAUGGCGAACGCCACCGAGUAUUCGACGUUGCACAACCCGUACGGGUUGCUGCGGUCCCCGUGGAACACCCACCCGGAGCCCUUCCUGACGCGUCACGACCGCCUGUUCGGGUACAAGAACAACCGCAAGCCGUCCGGGUGCAAGCAGUACCGAGACGCGGCAAGGAAGGAUACUUGGAUGUUGCUGACCGAGUCGAUGAACGCCGGAGCACACGGGCACAUCCACGAGCUCCUCGGCGGAGCGUGGUCCUCGGACUGGUCCGGCUUUUACAACAGGACCGAGAAGAUCAUCCUCCCGUUCGCGCACACGAUUGUGCCACUGAUGAAAUAUCUUUGGAGAACGGAGUACCUGCAGUGCGAGACGACGUGCGACUUCAGCGUCUCGUGGGCGGACUGCAGGUGCACCCUCAGCGCCGAAGCGGUGGCGGGGCAAACACCAUCAGAGGUGUUGGAGAGUUCCGGCGUGCUUUCCGACGCGGCCGGUGCGUUCUUCUACGACGAGGACCUGAAGCUCGUCGACAACCUCACGGACGAACAGGGUCACGCGCACGACCGAAUCCCGGGCUACACGGCUGACGAGACGAAGGGCAUCUUCACCGAGAUGCUCCGGCUGCUCAGCACCCCGAUGCGCAUAGGCAGCCACUACGAAGGGACGAGCACGAAUGACGUCACGUUCUGGGUGUUGCACCCGACAAUGGACAGGCUUUGGCACCUGAAUAGGCUGGAAGACGUGAACGGCGAGGGUUUCGACGAGACCUGGAGGGAUGACCACUUCUGCUACGGCCACAACCCGGCCGACGUCCAGCCCUUCCACGACCUAUUCCUGGGACAGGCCACAGGAAAGGGCGGCCACGACCAACAACGAAGAGCAAUGCGAGACGAGAGGGAUGCGGCGAAAGAGAGUGGUGGAGAGGAACAAGCUGCCGGGGCAGGGACGUCUGGAGGAAGCAGCGGCUGCGGCAGCAUCGCACCGCCCAAGGCGUACUACACCAACCAGAUGCUGUACGAGCUGCUCAAGCCGGACGGCAUGUCCAUCCCGUACAUGUAUGCCCAUUUCGAGUGGCCCCACUGCGAUGUGCGUGGGGUACACUUGCGGGGGCGUGAGCCUCGACGCUAG